AUGCUUACUGAACUUACUAAAGUGAUAGAAUGGACACAUAAAGGUAAAGAUAUUAAAGAAUUAAGAAAAGGUGAUGAAAUUGAUUCACCUACAGAAACGACAAAUUUAUUAAAUGGUGAACCAUCCAAGAAUUAUACUCUUUCUGACAAUAAUAAUAAUAAUUAUAAUAAUAACGAUAUUAUAGGUUCUAGCAACAGUAGCAACACCACCACCAGUAAUAGAAGGCAUACAUGGAAUCCAUCCCAACUUAGAGUCAUUACUAAACCACUUCGAUAUAAACGAAGAAGUGGUGUUUAUGAUGAAGAUAAACAAGCAUUAGUUCAGGAAGGAAGUGGAAUUCAUUGGAUUCAUGAUUAUGUUAAGGAACGUGUUAGAGUUCGUAAACUUUACUCUCUUAAAGGAUUUCGAGGAUAUUUGAAAACAACUUGUGAUAGUGCACAAGGAUGGAUUUUAGUAUUUUUAAUUGGAAUUGUAACUGCAUUUUUCGCAGCAGUAGUAGAUGUUGCAGCAGAAUGGGGUUCUGAAUUAAAGGAAGGUUAUUGUAAAGAAAAUAUUCAAUUAAAGAAAGAAUUUUGCUGUAAAGAUGUUUCAGAAAAAAAUUGUACUAGUUGGGUUGAAUGGUCAGAAGCAUUUAAUUUUCAAGGUGAUGAAGAAUCUUUAUGGUGGUUUGAAUAUAUUGCAUACGUAUUUGUAGCGUUUUGUUUUGCAGUAGGAGCAGUUGUAAUAGUAAAAUAUAAUUCAUUAUAUGCGACACCAUCUACUAAGAGUUCCACCAAAUCACGAAUUUUUCCUACUAAAAAACGAUUAAUUCCUUAUGCAGCUGGUAGCGGUAUUCCUGAAGUUAAAUGUAUUUUAAGUGGAUUUGUAAUUCGUGGAUUCUUGGGUCUUAGAACUCUUUGGGUUAAAGCUGUUACUUUGGCAAUGGUUGUAUCUGCAGGUUUAACCUUGGGAAAAGAAGGACCAUUUGUUCAUAUAGCAUGUUGUGUAGGAAAUAUAUUUACCCGAUUAUCCCCAAAAUAUAAUAAAAACGAAGGCAAAAGAAGAGAAAUAUUAUCAGCAUCUGCUGCCGCCGGAGUUAGUGUAGCUUUUGCUGCUCCAAUUGGUGGUGUCUUGUUUUCUCUGGAAGAAGUUAGUUAUUAUUUUCCUAGUAAAACUAUGGUUAGAAGUUUCUUUUGUGCUAUUGUGGCUGCUGUUACUUUAAAGUUAUUAGAUCCUUUUGGUACUGGAAAAACUGUUUUGUUUCAAGUUACCUAUGACAAGGAUUGGCAUUUAUUUGAAAUUGAUUUAGUAUAUUUCCUAUUUAGCGAAUGUUCUCAAGAAUCUAAAAGUUCAGAACUUGCAGGAUUAUGCGUAACUAAACCAGAAGAGGUUAAACCAAUAAUUUAUCUUCUUUUAGUAGCAUUAAUUUCAAAAUUCCUGACAUGCAUCAUAACAUUUGGUAUAAGAACUCCGGCAGGAAUAUUUAUACCUUCAUUAUUAAUUGGUGCAUGCAUUGGUAGAAUGCUUGGACUCGCUGUUCAAUGGUUAACUUGGACAUAUCCUUAUUCCUCAUUUUUUACACCAUUAUGUGAUCCACAUGAAACUAAUAAUUGUAUAAUACCCGGAGUUUAUGCUAUGGUCGGUGCAGCAUCUGUAUUGGCUGGAGUAACAAGAAUGACACCAAUAAUGACAGCCAUCAUGAUUUCAAAAUGGGUUGCAGAUGGUUUGGUAAAACAUGGAAUUUAUGAUUUAUUAGUAGAUUUAAAUGAACAUCCAUAUUUAGAUUCAAAUGCAGAAUAUGUUACAACCAAAAGUACACUUGAAAUUUGUCAAACUAAUUUGGAAGUUAUUGAUGUUAAUGAAGCAAAUACUAUUGGUGAAUUGAAGGAAAAAUUAGAAAGAUUAGGAUAUUCAGAUGCAGGAUUUCCAAUUGUUGAUGAUUCAACAUUAGUUGGAUAUAUUGCAUCUACAGAACUUGAACAUGCAUUACAAACUGUAGCUAAAUGUCCAGAUUCUACUAGAUGUUAUUUUAAAGAAUUUUCUACACCUGAAAUAAUUAUGUCUGAUGGAGAUUCCAACCCAAAAGGAACUAAUUUUGUUCAUUAUAUGGAUAAGGCACCAUUAACAGUAGCUCAAAAUUCCUCAUUAGAACUUGUACUUGAAUUAUUUAAGAAAUUAGGAUUAAAAUAUGUUUGUGUAGUGAAUUGUGGUCAUUACGUCGGAGUAAUUCAUAAGAAAAAAUUAUUGGCUGAAUUGAAAGAGAUGCGCUAA